UUUAUUUAAUUUAUUUAUUUAUUACGUUAUUUUUUAAACGAGCUAUAUAAACAAAGUUCGUAUUCUAAACACGAAAAAUGCAAAUGCAUACGUCAAGAUUAACUUCGAAUCGAGAAUACAUUAUUUGCCAUACACUACGAGAUAGGAAUACGAAAAUUAUUAGAGGUUAUCCACUCCCACAUAAAAUUCGAUAUCCUAUGAAUAGAAUUAUAUGAUGAAUCUUCUUCGUCUCGUCAUUUUUAUUGUUAUAGCCAUUAGAUGUAGAGAAAAUAUUUGACAUUUCACAGAGAACAUGAACGUUGUUCCUUUGAACUUUAGAUCCAGUAACUCAAACGUGAAUCCUCUUUUAUUUCUAUAGUUAUGGGGUAUCGAAAAGGAGAGGUGUUGUAUGAAUCGUUCGUCCUUCGAACGAUGAAAUACGUGCAACGAAAAUUUAUACGAGGGCAACGAGACAGGCCCAGAUUAUUACACUCAUCGCCAACAAAAUCAACACAAUUAGGAAAGACAUUUGCAGAUGAAUAUGGUGAUGAUUGUGCGUCGAUUUAUAUACCAUCAAGUACACUGUGCAGCCUUGAGGAGGAAGAGGAAGAUGAAAUCGUUAAAGAUGAUAAAGACAAUAAAAGACCGUUCAGGUCACAACUUUCUAAAACGCUUCCAGAAAUUCUUGCAGAUAAGGAUGCCCUAGGUUAUUUCAUUCAAUUUAUGGAUACAAGACAUUCGAUAGCUCUUAUCAAGUUUUGGUUAGAAGUUGAAUGUUUAUGCGAAUCAUUUCCCAACUUUCAUCUCAGCGAUGAAAAUAUAGAGAAUUUUAAUUUGAAGAAUGAUUGUACAGCUACUACUACUACUACAAAUACUACUACUACUACUAUUACUAAUACUAAUACUACUAUUGCUACUAUGGAUUCAAGUAGUUUGUCUAAUUCAUUGGACGAUAAUGAUAACUUUAAUUGCAACGUGCUCCAAGGUAAUAUUGAAAAUGAUGCUAGAGAAAAGGGACUGUACAAUGAAAUUGUAAAUACUAACGAUGUUAAAUCAAAUUGUAAUGACACGCCAAAGAUUAAUGAGAUGCUAAGUGAUAUGCGACAAUUAAAUCGCAAGUUGGAGAAUGAUAGAGGAGGCGAUAUGACAAAUACUAGGCAAGAUGCUUUAAGGAUUUAUAAAAAAUAUAUUAUUAAAGAAACAUUAGGUACUAAUAGAAUUCCUGAGGAACUAAAACUAGAUAUAGAAAACGCUCUUAAAUGUAAAAACAUAGAGCCUAUAUUACGGUGCCUAUCUAAUAUUCAAAAUAUUAUAUUUGAUGUUAUCGAAAAGGAAUAUAUUAAUGACUUCCUUAGAAGUGAAUUUCAUUGUAAACAUCAAAUUGAUGUUCUCACCAGCGGAAAUGUACAGUUAGGAGAUAUAUUAUAUAAUGAAACUGCGUUUUUUUAUUUCAUGGAGUUCAUGGAACUCGAAAAUAAACGCGAGCUCUUAGACUUUUGGAUGGCUGCUAUUAAUUUUAAACAAAAUCUUUUGGAAAAGAAAGAUCCGAUUAAUCCUGAGGAAGCACAAUCCGAUGCUCUGAUCAUAUACGACAAAUAUUUUAGUUUGCAAGCAACUACGCCUCUUGGGUUUAACGAUAAAAUACGUUUUGAAGUCGAAGAAAAUAUUUGUCGCGAAGACGGAGAGGGACCAUUACCUGAUUGUUUUGAUAAACCUUGUAAAAUUGUAUAUAAAUUUCUCAAUAAGCACUAUUUACCUACCUUUUUAUCGUCGCAGUUGUAUUAUAAAUACUUAUCGGAACUGAUCAGUACCAUUCAAAGCAAUCCAUGUUCGAGUUAUCAACUUCGAAUAAAAAGAGCGGGUUCUGACUGCAGUAGUGAAGUGAGUUCUAUUAGCAACAGUAUGCAAAGCACCCUGCAGGCAGGGAACAAUACCAAUGGAAUAUUAUCUAAUGCUAAUACUAGUACGAAGACAAGUGCACACAACAAUAUGAAUAUCGAUACAAGACAACUUUACGAUCCUGAUUCUUUAUGGAGACGUAACAAAUAUAGAUUAAGCGUUGGCUACAUCGAUUACUUGGGUAGAUUUAUUACAGAAAUAGAACCUGAUCCUUGCAGAAAAUAUGAAUCACGAUUAGCGCGUGCUGUUAAAAGACUCGUCAAUUUGGAACAAGAUAAGGCAAAAGAAGAAUUAGCAUGGAAAAUAGCGGAAAUGAUCAUUCGCGAUAUUACGUCUUUAACUUUAGGAGCAACAAAUCAUCCAUCUUGAUGGGAUAUACUUUACCAUGUAAAAAUCAUUUUGGAAGCUUUUUAUACAUCACAAAAAAUGCUUAAAAAGGUUAAAAAAAUAUUUUGAAAAAUGUGCCAAAAGUUCAGUGGAAAUUAAGUUACUUUAUAGAUCCGGUUAUAAUUAUUUAAGUUUGAUAUUUUUGAACAAUUUUACGGAGCCCUGCUUAAUUAUUUUCAUUUCUCAAAUCAAGUUUGAUAUUAAUAGAUUAUUAAAAUGAAGUUUUGAUAUACGAUAGGUCUUAUAUGUGAUUUAUAUUUACAAUUAGAUAAUAAUAUGUUAGUACAAUUGUUUUAUUUCAGUUUAUAAAAUAUUUACGAAUACGAAUACGAAUACGAAUACGUACAGAGUACCUAAGAUUUUUCCAAUCAAACUAUGUGUUUGUUUUAUUUUCGUGCAUAGAAUACGUUGACACUGUUUAACUGGAAAAACCUUAGACAUUCUGUAUAAAUCAGAUAAUCAAAGUAAAUUCAUUGUAUAUAAUAUAAUAUCUUUUAAUUACGAAAGUAACAAUUUCAAAAGACAGGAUAGUAUUAUAACAUUCGUUUACUACUUAAUAUUUUAUAUUUUUUCUAUAAAUUUUCUUUAUUACAUGUCACCUUGAUACAUAAUUGUAUAUUGUUCUCUAAGUUAACAGUUAAUAUAUUUACCGGUUAGUGCGUAUCACAGAUAAAACAGCGAAAUAUUGAAUAUUAUACAUAUUUUAAGAAGUGACGUAAUGGAAACAAUGGUACAAGUUAAAUGAAUAUCUCUUUAAAAAGAAUUUGAAGAGUAUAUAUACUCUUGAUUAAAAGAAAAAAAGAAUUUAUCAGAAAAUAAAGUCAAUGAAUGAGAGAGAUUGUUCAUAUUUGUGAAUAUAACUGUAGAUAUAUGUAUCGUGCAAGAGUCGCUGUAGAACCAGCACAAAUUGAACCGCUUAAAAAUGUUUUCAAUUUAACUAAACAUCUUCUUAAAUUAUAAAUAAUACUCCAAUAAUUUGAGGGUAUCAUUUUUAUUUGUGAGAUUAUAUAAAAGUAUUUAUUUUGAAUGUAUAAUUAUUAAGUGUAUAACAAAUUAAUUUCAGUUUAAUGCAUUCUUUUGAACACAUUUAAGAUUUUAAUUACUAUUUAUUUUUAAACGUUUCUUCUUUUUUUUUUUAAAUAUUCUUUUACAAAACACGAAUUUCUUCCUAAUAGUAUUUUAUUGGUGCGAUAUUAUAAUUCUUUUGAUACUACCAGUGACUGUAGUCAAGGGUUAAGCUACAUUCUAUUAAAAAAAAGUAUAGUUAUAAAUUUAAAAAAUAAAAAAAAGAAAUUAAAUUAACACAUCAAUCAAAAAGCAGAGAACUUUAAUUGAAUGUAAAGAAUAUGAUCUGAUUAAUUAAUUGAAAAAUAAUAAGAGAAACUUUUUCUUAGUGUGCUAGUAGCAUAAAUCAAGUUGAUUAAUUGUAUAUGUAUCUGUAAUAUAUAAUAUAAAAUUGAAAGAGAGACAACACAUUCACACAUACACAUGAACAUACAUACAAAUUAAAUAAACGAAUUAAGAAUUAGUUGAUUAGAAUUAAAUAGUAGGUUUAUUUUCGAGUAUACAUAUAUAUAUAUAUAUAAAUUGUACAUUAUGUAUAAGAAAAGGAAAAGAAAGAAGAAUCAUUAAAAUUGAUAAAAGUAUAUGUGCUAUACUUGAAUAAUGUACUGUUGUAAAUGAUAAGCUGAUAGAUCAAAAUUGUGAUUUUAACGAAUAUAACAUAUUUACUGCUGCUUGCUGGUUCCUUUUUAUACUAUAUUUAAUACACAACUAAUUAUUAAUUUUUUUAGAAUAUUGUAAUAAAUAACAAACGUAACAACAACAUUUUUAUAGGACUUACAUUUAUUAAUUAUUUCAAUGAAUGUAAGAUAUUUCUUUUUGCGUGACAAGAGAAAAGAUGUAUAUGUUGAAUUAACAAGAAUAUUAUUAUU